UCGUCUGGAGGCCUGCAGCAUGGUGGAUGAAAGGGAGGGGAUGCGACGCAAGCGUCGAGGAGGAGGAGGUGGGAGGAGGGAGAGUUGCGCGAUGAGCUCAGCGGAACGGAGACGGUCGGACAAACGGCCGACUCCUUCCCGUUUUGCUCACCUGCCUUAUAUAGACGCAGCACCUCCCGCACUGCGAAUACGGACCAGUCAGUGAUCACUGAACUGACUGUAGCGGCCCAGCUAGCAUGAACGGCGACCACCUCGAGGAACUCGUCCUCUCCGGCAAGCUCUUCAACCCGCCCUCCCGCUCCUCCUCCCCCGUCCGCUCCCGCUCACCCUCCAUCGCCCAAUGGCCCACCGACGGCAACGACUACGACUACGACUCUGACACCGAGCGGCGGCGCGCGGUCGAGGGGCGCAUCGCCGCCGCCGAGCGCGAGCACGACUCCAUCGGCAUGGGCCCCGGGCGCACCGGCGUGAAGGGCGUCAUCCGCGACCACGCCGAGGCCGCCGCCCUCGCGCGCUCUCGCCGCGCGGAGGAGAUCGCGACGCUGAACAGGGCGAUGGAGAAGGCGAGCCUCGGCGGGCAGACGUGGGGGGAGGAGGAGCGCGAGCGUGCGGCGGAGCGGGCGCGGCUCGAGGGCAAGGCGGGGCGCGUCGUCGAGGGCCGCGCGCGGGCGGGCAGGUUCGGGCACCUCAUGGAGGUCGGCGUCCGCAGCUUUGACCGUGCGCUCGACGAGGACCGCAAUACGUGGGUCGCCGUGCACAUCUACGACCCGAGCUUAGACCGCUGCGCGACACUGGACGAGGCCCUCUCGCGUCUCGCACGCGCAUACCCCUCCACCAAGUUCCUCCACGCCCGCGCAGGCGCCAUCGGCUUCGCCACCUCGCGGGACACCACAUCCUCGCGCUCAACCCACUUCUCGCCCUUCCCCAUCACGCGACGGCCGUCCCGCCAGAUCCUCGUCCCCGGGCGGUAUCCCAACAGAACCGACGACGACGACGACCCGUACGGGGACGCCUCCGACGGGGACGACAGCGAGGGGGACGGCGACGCGGGGUGGGACGACGACAGCGUCGACACGGACGUCCUGCCCACGCUCCUCGUGUACCGCGGAGGCGUGCUCGAGCAUACGUGGGUACGGGUGGACUGGGAGGCGCAGGCGGGCGUGGAAGAACUGCUCCGGAGGCAUAACAUCCUUGGGGGCGCGGACCCGCGUAACAGCGCCGCGCACGCCGACGCGUCGCUCUCCGACGAAGAGGACUUCGACGACGGCGACUUGGUGUUCGGGGGCAGCGAGGAUGAGGCGUGAUCUGGCGGACAGGCUUUUGCCGCAUGAUCAUGGACUGGAACUAGUAUCAUCGACGGCGACACGAUACAUAGCGUCAGGGGGUACAAAGCAAAACGCUGCUCGGUUCAAUACGCAUAUACCUCACCGACCCGCGGGGUCGUACAUUGCUGUAUCAUACACUCAUCACAAGUUCACUUUAGGAGGGCGAAGCCAGACGACAUUGGGUGGCCAGAGGGUGUAGGUAGCGGAAAGCCAAUUCCUGUCAGAAGGAACAUGACUUAUGCACGCUCGCUUUGCGUUGUUGCCGUAAGUACGUUCACGGUGCAUGGGGGCCACCGUGCCAGAAGCACCGAGGCCAGGAUCAUCCUCAAACCCAU